AUGGACAUGACCCACCAACAUACUCCAAAGGAGUCCAGGAUCACGGGUAGCUUGUCUUCAGGAAGAAGCAACACAGAUGUACACACAGUAGCAUCACUUCUUAAACUGUAUCUCCGAGAACUUCCAGAGCCAGUUAUUACUUACGCAAAGUAUGAAGAUUUUUUGUCAUGUGCCAAACUACUCUGCAAGGAAGAGGAAGCAGGUGUUAAGGAAUUAGCAAAGCAGGUGAAGAUUUUACCAGUGGUCAGUUACAACCUCCUCAAGUAUAUUUGCAGGUUCUUGGAUGAAGUACAAUCAUAUUCAGGCAUUAACAAAAUGAGUGCACAGAACUUGGCAACUGUAUUUGGACCUAAUAUUCUGCAUCCUAAAGUGGAAGAUCCUUUGAUCAUCAUGGAAGGUACAGUGGUGGUCCAGCAGUUGAUGUCAGUGAUGAUUAGCAAACAUGAUUGCCUCUUCCCCGAAGAUGCAGAACUGCAAGGCAAGCCCCAAGAUGGAAUGAGCAACAACAACAAUGAAAUUCAGAAGAAAGCCACCAUGGGUCAGUUACAGAACAAGGAGAACAAUAAUACCAAGGAAAGCCCUGGCAGACAGUGCUCUUGGGACAAGUCUGAAUCUCCCCAGAGAAGCAGCAUGGGCAACGGAUCCCCCACAGCUCCAUCAGGCAGCAAAACCAACAGCCCUCGGAACAGUGUUCACAAGCUGGAUGUCUCCAGGAGCCCCCCUCUCAUGGUCAAAAAGAACCCAGCCUUCAACAAGGGCAGUGGGAUAGUCACCAAUGGGUCCUUCAGCAGCAGUAAUACAGAGGGUCUUGAGAAACUGCAGAACCCCAAUGGGAGCUUACAGGCCAGAAGGACCUCUUCUCUGAAGGGGUCUGGUACCAAGAUGGGCACCCACAGCGUGCAGAACGGAACAGUGCGCAUGGGCAUUCUGAACACCGACACGCUCGGGAACCCCAUGAACGGUCGCAGCAUGAGCUGGCUGCCCAACGGCUACGUGACCCUGAGGGAUAACAAGCAGAAAGAGCAAGUGGGAGAGUCAGGCCAGCACAACAGGCUCUCCACCUACGACAACGUCCAUCAACAGUUCUCCAUGAUGAACCUCGAUGACAAGCAGAGUGUCGACAGCGCCACCUGGUCCACUUCCUCCUGUGAAAUCUCCCUCCCUGAGAACUCCAACUCCUGUCACUCCUCCACCACCACCUGCCCAGAGCAAGACUUUUAUGGUGGGAACUUUGAGGACCCUGUUCUGGAUGGGCCCCCUCAGGACGACCUUUCCCACCCUGGGGACUAUGAAAGCAAAAGUGACAGGCGAAGCGCGAGAGGGCGCAGUAGUCGCGCCACGAGCAGCAGCGACAACAGUGAGACGUUUGUUGGGAACACCAGUAACCACAGUGCCCUGCACGGUUUAGUGUCAAGCCUGAAACAGGAAAUGACCAAACAGAAGAUAGAGUAUGAGUCCAGGAUAAAGAGCUUAGAGAAGCGAAACUUGACUUUGGAAACAGAAAUGAUGAGCCUACACGAUGAACUGGAUCAAGAAAGGAAAAAGUUCACGAUGAUAGAAACCAAAAUGCAGACUGCUGAGCAAGCAAAAGAAGAUGCAGAGAAAAGAAAUGACAUGCUACAGAAGGAAAUGGAGCAGUUUUUUUCCACAUUUGGAGAGCUGACAGUGGAACCCAGGAGAACUGAAAGAGGAAACACAAUAUGGAUCCAGUGA